AGACCUCGGUCUUUGACCAAGUCGUAAAAAGGAGCGAUUGAAUGGCGAAGGGCGGCAAGGCAAACGCGGCAGCGCUCCUGGCCAAGGCCGAGGAGCUCGUGGAUCAGUGCCAGCCGGAGCUCGCGAUCAAGUUCUUCCAAAAGGCCGCGGCGCUCGAGCCCACCAACUCGGAGAUCCUCGAUGCCAUUGGCGAGCUAGCGACCGAGAUCGACGACCCGGAGACUGCGCUGCAGGCGUUUGGCCGCUCGAUUGAGCUGGCGCCCAAGAACAACCCGGGCAAGUACCUCUACGCAGCUCAGCUCCUCGUCGGCGAAGAGUCGGAACGCUACACGCUGCAGGGUAUUGCCAUCAUGAAGGAGCUCAUGCCGGCGCUGCCUGGCAUCGAGACCACGGACGAAUCUAAGUUAUUGCGCAAGCAAGUGUGCGACGCCUACUGCAGUUUGGGCGAGCUCUACAUGUCGGACCUCUGUGACGCCGACGACGCCGAAGCCAAGUGCGAGAUGUACCUCCAGGAAGCCAUGAAGUAUGACAUGGGUCUGCCCGAGCCGACGCAGGCGCUGGCCAACUUGCGGCUCACGCAGCAGCGCAAGGACGAAGCCUGUGUCUUCCUCGACGAAACCUACAAGCGCCUCGGCGCCUGCGAUGAGAACACGAUGCCAUCGCUCGAGUUUCGCACGUUCACUGGCAAGCUUCUGAUUGAAGUCGAAAAGUUUGAACAGGCGGCGUACGUCCUCGAAGGCGUCAUGCAGGAAGACGACGAGAACGCCGAGGUGUGGUUCCUCGUUGGCUCGUGCUACAAGGCGCUCGAAGACUAUGACACUGCGCUCGAGUUCCUCGAGCGGUGCUCGGCGAUGCUCUCGAAGCUCAAGAAAACAUGGGCAGCGACUUUCACUUGGACGUCCAGCUGGAUGAAGUGAACGAUAUGAUUGCUACCAUUAACGCGAUCGAGCCCGUUGAAGAUGACGACGAUGCGACCGAGGACCACGACAUGGACUGAGACCUUUUUAGACGGACCUAUAUUUUAACACGGAUCAUCACUGGGAGCUGCUAGCGAC